AUGAUGAUGACAUCGAUUGGUCGAUCAUCUAGUAUGAUGAAACAAUAUUCAAAGAGAUCAACAAUGACAUCAUUGUUGGCUAUCAACAAUACAACAUAUCCAUCAUCAGUGAUCACACGUUCAAUCUCAACAUCACCAUUAUCAUCACAUAUUACAACAUUGUCGAGCAAUGCCCUGCCCACAACGACAUCUCGUCAAACAUCAAUCAAGUCAUUGCAAUUGUAUAGUCGACUACUUCAAACAACACUACCAGCGAAUCGUCUAUACUUUAGCACUGCUGCCGCGACAACUCAACAAACACAGACACAACCACAGACACAGCCACAGACAGAGACACAACAACAACAACAACAAACAAAACCAGAGAAACCAAAGACUGUUAGCAAGUUCUCAUUCAUGAGAAAGGGAUACUUCAAUCUCGUCAAGUUCCCUAUCUCUGCGUAUGUCACAUUCACUACUGUGGCCGGCUACGUGAUGACUGCGCCAAUAGUCGACCCUGUAACACUAGGACUGCUCUCGUUUGGAACGUUCAUGUCGUCGGCAUCGGCAUGCGCACAUAAUCAAGAGAUGGAGGUCAGAUUCGACGCCAAGAUGCCAAGAACCAAGUCGCGUCCACUUGUUACAGGCGAGAUCAAGUUGGACACUGGCUUCAUCUUUGCUCUGGUGUCUGGCGUGGUUGGCUGUGGCACGUUGGUCUUUGUACACCCUGUUUGCGCAGGACUGGCCAUGUCCAACAUCUUCAUUUACAUCCUUUACACGCACAUGAAGCGCACGACAUCCUUCAACACAUGGGUGGGCGCCAUUGUCGGAGCCAUCCCGCCACUCAUUGGUACGGUGGCCGGUGCACGCGAGUUUGAGGCCAUUGGUGGCCUUCUCGCCACCGUCCUCUUCAUCUGGCAGAUCCCGCACUUUUUGGCGCUGGCCGAGAAGCUCAAGUCACAGUACGCCGCGGCCGGCUACAAGAUGCUACCCGUCACGCACCCUACCUGGAACUACCCAGUAUCUGUGGCACACGCCGUGGCCGGUGUGAUCGCACCCCUGGCCUUCUACUACACGUAUGACCUCAACAUGUCCCUGUUCACCGUGCUCGCCUUCUCGGCGUCAUCGUUCGUCAUGGGACUGGAGGCCGUGCUGGAGCAUCGCUACAAACAAAAGAUUAUCGAAGCUGCCGCCAACGGUGUCACCUUGCCGCCCCAAUCCAGGAAGCGUGGCGUCUUCUUCCUCUCGCUGAUCAUGCUCCCUCUCUCAUUGAUCAUUGGCAUGUUCCUGCGUCUCCCCUAUGAAUACUACUACGAGAAGACCAACGACAAGACUGGCGAGACCAAGGAGGUCAUCAGAUACACAUCAGCGCCCAAA